UAGUUACCGUAUCUUCUUAGGGCAAAUGAAUAAUUAUCAGAAUCUUCCAAUACUGUACAUCUUACUCAGUCAGUGACUCUCGAGCUUGAGGUCGUUCCUGUUCUGUGUGCCGUCAUCGGGCAAUGAUUGGUUUUCUCAAUACUCUCGGGCUCUCCUUUCCGCCUUUCGCAGCUAUUGGAAUGGCUGCAAGUUACAUAAGGAAAUUUGCUUUCCAAAUUCUACCAAAUAAAACUGGUCAGUAUAUUUGUAAAGAAAAUGCAAGACAUUUUCAUAGUUUAUCUGUACAAACAGCAACAAUGAUUCCCCCAUUCAGCUGUAUCAUACCCAAGUGGAAAAAAGCUUGGUGGAUACCACCUCUCAGAACCUUCACAGCAGCUGGAGAAGACAAACCAGAGGCAGUGCAACACAAGACAAAAAAGGAUCCAAGAGCCAGAACAACAAUAGGAAGCGUUGGUAGAAAAAUUAGUCACCGCAUCAUCCAUGUAAUAGAUGAAAAUGGAGAAAAUCUAGGACAUCUGCACAGAGCUAACGUUAUUCGUAUGAUGGAUGAGCGUGAUAUUAAGAUUGUGCCUCUCAAUGAAAAUGCAGAUCCUCCAGUGUAUAAACUAAUGACAGGAAAACAGAUCCAUGAGGAACAACUAAAACUCAGAGACAAACAAAAGGACAAACACAGAACUGUAGUUUGCCAAAUCAAGGAACAAAAUUUCUCAGCUGAUAUUGCAAAGCAUGACCUUCAAACAAAAAUUAAACAUAUUCAGCAAUGGCUUGAGAAGCACCACCAUGUUCGAAUUACUGUUCGAAAAGGAGCUGCUACAGAUAAACCAGAUGAAAUGGAAUCGCUGCUGGAUCAGAUUGUUCAAUCCAUGCCAGACAAGGCUACCUACGUGUCCAGACCAAAGAUCAUUAAAGAAGGGAGAGCUGUUGUGUGUGUUCUACGGCAUCUAUCUGAAAAAGAAAUGAAAUUGAAACAAACGGAAAGCUGAAUUG